UAAUUAUCAAGAAACAAGUUAUCAAGUUCGGCCUACAAAUUCUAACAUUUGUGAAAAUGGUUACCAGAUGGAAAAGUACUGCAGACAAGGCCACCUGAAUACCCACAUGAUUUUGCUUCCAAAUUGAGUCGAAUCAAGGCAGUCAGCAACGUGAUCUGUCCUCAGCAUUAAGCUAUAAAACUUGCUCAUUUCUCCAUUCUCAAACAACCAAGCAGUUCCAGUUCCUCAUCAUAACAAUUCAAUCUAAGUCUCACUUCCAAAAAAGAAGAAAGAAAACUUUACAUUAUUAAUUAGAAAACACACUACAAAAUGAUCAGUACAAAGAAGCUUAUCAAAAUGGCGAGGAAGUGGCAAAAACUAGCAGCUGCGAGCAGGAGAAAAAUUUCCUGGUCAACAACAGUUGCUGAAAAGGGUCACUUUAUAGUUUACACAAGUGAUAAAAGACGGUUUAUGAUCCCUUUAGCAUACCUCAAGAGUGAAAUUUUCACAGAGUUGCUUAGAAUAGCAGAAGAAGAGUUUGGAGUAGCAGCUGUGGGACCUAUUACACUGCCUUGUGAUUCACAUUUUAUGGAGUACGCAAUUUCUAUGAUCCAGAGACAUGUAGCUGAGGAUUUGGAAAAGGCAUUAAUCAUGUCCUUGACCACCUGCAUGUAUUCAGCAUCGUUAAAUGACUUUCAAGAACAAAAUAAUGAGCAGAUGUUAAUCUGUAGCUGUUAGAAACGUAUUAUAGCUGUUUUGUAUAUAUUAGAUAAUACUUUGUAGUACAAUUUUACUGAUAGAAAGUAAUGAAGGUUCUUGAGAAAGUUCAAAUCAAA